AUGCAAUGGUUCGAUCGACGGAUACACUUUACCGGAGCCCUAGAUCCAAUUUAUUGGGAUGAAGAAAAUGAAGAAAUUAUUUUUGAUCAAUUUCAAACAAUCUACAAUGAUCGACGAACUUUUUUAGAAUUUAUCGAAGAUAAGUGUAACAUUGAACCAUUUACUAUUCAAUCACAAACACAACAGUCAUCUCUUAUGUCAAGCUCUGAAGAAACGCUAGGUACAGAAAAAAAACGUGUAAGACGAAUAUUAUUUUCAAGAAGUAUUCCUAUUGAUAACGGCAAACUACCAGUACCAAAUAUUGUGUGGCCACAACCUCGAUAUCUUAAUGUUAGUAUAGAUCUUGUCUAUAUUGAUCCACAUAAGUUUAUUAUUGAUUCGAGUUUGAAACGUUGUGAUGUUAUUGAUAAAGCCAUUGAAAACUACAAAGCCAUAUUUCAUCCGUCGAAAUUAAAUACUCAUUCGCUGCCGGAUAAUAUUGACGAAAAACAAGUUCUUGCCAUGCUCAGUAUUGAAAUUAAGUCGAACAAAUGCGAAAAGUAUCCAACAUUUCAUGUCGAUGAAUCGUAUAGCAUAACAAUUGAACAAGCCUAUGGAAAAAUUCAAGCAAAUACCAUUUGGGGUGCACUUCAUGGUCUGACAACAUUUUCUCAAUUGCACUUCAUUACAGAUGACAUUCAGUUGGCUAUCAAUGCACCAAUUACGAUUGAAGAUGAACCUCGUUUUCCUUAUCGUGGUAUUCUUCUAGACUCUGGUCGUAAUUUUCUACGAACUUCAGUGAUAAAAAAACAUUUGGGCACUGUUUCAUCGGAUCAUGUUUACACACUUGAAAAUGUUCAAGAUAUUAUCGAAUAUGCUCGUCUUCGUGGUAUUCGUAUUAUUCCUGAACUUAACGCUCCUGGUCAUAUCAAUGCUCUUGGUCGAACUUUUCCAGAUUUUUUAAUUAACUGUCAUAGUGAAUCAACAGUUGGAAUAAUCGAUCCAACAAACACAGAAAUCUAUUUAUUUAUCGAAAAAAUUCUCAGAGAAAUCAAGCAAAUAUUUGAAUAUGAAUCCUAUAUCCAUCUCGGCAUGGAUGAAGUUUAUUCAGCAUGUUGCAUAUCAAAUCUCAAUAUUCAAGAAUUUAUGAUUGAGAACAGAAUGAGCAAGUGUACCGAUUUGAUGACAUAUUAUUCGAGUGCAAUUCUUGAAAUUGUUCAAAAUAUCGGAGCUAAACCGAUGGUUUGGCAAGAUGUCUGGGAUGAUGGUGUUAACUUACCACUGGACGUAGUUAUCGAAAUUUGGAAAGAUGCUUCAUGGUCCACUUAUUUAUCAAAAGCAAUCAAUGAAGGAUACAAUGUUGUUCUUGCUGCUCCAUUCAAUUUGAGCAUGUACGAACAAUUUGAUCUAUUUUCUAUCGAAAAAUUUAUUUAG